AUGUCAAAAGAAUCAUCAACUACAAAUCCAUAUAUUCCCAGAUAUAUACUAGAUAAACCAAAAUGGUAUGAUCAGAAUGAUAAAGAAGGAGAAGAUGAAAAUAAAGAUGAACUAGCACAUCACCGAAAUCAAUCUGAAAUUAAAGAUUAUUCAUUAGCUACUACUGGCCAAGGUAUAAAUGAUGAACUAAGCCUACGACAAGAUACCACAAAUUAUGACGAGAAACGAGAUAAAUACUAUGGUUAUUCUAAUGAGCAAUGGUUAGAACAUUUAAAAAAGUGGAAACCCAUCGACAUUACAACAAAUGAUAAUGAUUCAGAUGAUACGGAUUAUGAAUUAGAAUUAAUUGAAUUAGGUAUUGAUAAAUCAAAAUUAAAGAGAAAUUAUAAACAAGAUCCAAUGGAGAGGAUGAUUAGAGAUAGAAGUGAUAUACCUGAUUAUAUAAGGAAUAUUAAAAUGAAUAAUGAAAAACUUGAAAUCGAAAAUAAAAAUGAAUCAGAUUUGGUAAAACAGAAUUUGAUUAAUGACGAAAGUCAAUUUGUAAGACAAUCAAAUGAUGAUGAUGAGAGUAAGAAAUUACAGAACUUACAAAAGUUUGCUUGGGAAUUAGAUAAAAAAGCAGUUAAACACGAAUUACUACCUGAAACUGAUUUAAAUUUGAGUGUUGAAGCAAGUCCAACGUUAGUGAUGUUAAAACAGAAAAAACAGGAAGAAGAAAGGCAAAUUGAAAGAGAAAAUGAAGCUAAGAGACGGAAAAAACUAUUGGAAAAAUACGUAUGA